AUGGUAGGAGAGUCCUCACGAACAACAGCAGAGCCUCCUACUCUCCCGGAUAAUCACAAACAUCGUACGGUGACUCCAUUCAACACAUCCCAGAGACAGGAUAUUGAUGUGGAGCAUGAACAGGAGAAACUCAAUGAGGCUGUAGCGAUGAUGAACAGAAAUCUGCAGGAGGUCAAUGUUCAGAACAUGAAUGUCGAGCUCGUCGCGCAGAUGUUUAAGAACUACCAGUCCAACGUUCUCUUCCAUCUAGAAGCAACGGAUAACCUCAAAGAUCCGAUUUGA